AUGGCUUCAGCACAGAUCCAAACUCUUCUCAGGUUCUUGGCGCAAGAUGCCAAAGUUCCUCUAGCUAUGGCAAUGGGCAAAACACUGGAACUGCAGAAGGCUAAUCUGCUAACUACAGAACAGAUUGGCAAAGCAAACUUGGAGGUACUGGAAGACAUUUUCAAGGAUAAGAAAACUGCGAAACAGGUUCUCAACAGCGCUAAACGAAUCUCUAAGAAGCGAGGAGCUUCAGAUGAUAGCAAAUCAUCAUCUCAGAAACGCAACAAGACCUCCAAACCAUUGAAAAAAGAUGCAACUCCAUUCGAAAUUGGAUCUUCACUCGGUUUGCCCGGGGCUUCUGUCAAUGGAGAUGAGCUGAACGGUACUGUGAUCAUUACGAACCGCGCACCUCUUGUACUUGCCUUCGCGGUGUGCGUUUUGAAGUAUACGAUGCCGGGACAGCCACUAUCCAGCCGACUUAGUCUGGCACAGGCCGUCGCUUCAGCCAACAGUCGCACAAAAGCCGCGAGUCUGGGAAUCGAAGAAGGCAACUCCGCUGAGCAAGAAGGGUGGGGAGAGGGUCAUCCCGUUGUCAAAGUUCUUGGUCGAGACAUCAGGGUGUUAAAACGAUGGGACUAUGAUCCAAACGAAGGAAACCCAUCAAACGAGGCCAAGAAAGAAGGCCAAAGUGAGAGCUUACAGGACGAACAAAGCCGAAUGCCUCCACUAUGGGGUGUGGAUCUGGAAUCACUCAGAGGCAAAGAGUCCAAUCACAGCACGGGUCAGCAUAAAACUGCCGAUAACACACUACCCAUUUUCAGGCCUGAAUCUGCUCGAUCAUAUCUUUAUCGAGCAUUUUCAAAGCCAGUCGAAGAAGGGAAAACUACACCAAAAAGAAAGUCAGUUACAACUAUUGAAGACGAGAAAGAAGAAUGUCUUGGUCGUCUGUUAUCUGCCAUUGAUACGGUCUGUCAAUCGUGGGUUCCAAAGCUGGAGCAAGCGGAACUGGACAGACGUGCAUGGUCUUGGUACAUCCGUGUGCGGCCUGAUGUUCAAAGUGGAGUACAAGGCUGGGGCGAGAAGGGACAAGUGAAGUUAUCUGACAUCCUCGCUCUUCAAAGGGGCAUUUGA